AGCACUUUGCCCUGAACAUUGGAGAGCGCCAAGAUGGGGAAAAGGCGGUUCUCACAUUUGGAGGUGAUCCUAAUUGUCUUGUUCUCAUUGAUGGCUGUGAUAGCCCUCACUCUCAUAAUUCUGUUUUUCACCGGAGAACCUGGGGUCAUUAAAGAUGAAACUACUGAAGCAUUCGUUCCUCAGUGUCCCAACAUUCCACUCGGUGAAAGAGUAGACUGUUUCCCUGAUGCUGGAGCCUCAAAGGUGGGAUGUGAGCAGCGUGGAUGUUGCUGGAGCCCCCUGGACGAGAGAAAUGUUCCCUGGUGUUUCUUCCCAACCAACCAUGGAUACACAGUGGAGUCAGUGGAGCAGCCGAGUCUUUAUGUGAUGAACGCCAAACUGAAGAGAAUGGCUUCUCCUUCCUUAUUUGGGGCUGAUAUUCAAGAGCUGUCAUUUCACGCAGAAUUGCAGUCACACAAUCGACUCCGAUUUAAGAUCUCUGAUGCCCAGAGUAAGAGGUUUGAAGUCCCCCAUGAGCACGUCAGCAGCCUCAACAGUGAAGCCUCCGGCCCCAUCAGCAACACACUGGAGAUGACACACAAACCCUUUGGUCUUACUGUACGCAGGAAUGGGAACAAAAAAGUCCUGUUUGACACCACAAUGGCUCCACUGGUGUUUGCGAACCAGUACCUACAGCUGUCUGCGAAGCUUCCAUCCCAUAACAUUUAUGGCCUGGGAGAGCAUGUGCAUCAACGAUAUCGCCAUGACACAAACUGGAGAACCUGGCCCAUCUUCACCAGAGAUGCGUUCCCUAACGGGGGAACACAUAACCUCUACGGACACUAUCCCUUCUUCCUCUGUCUGGAAGAUGAGAGUGGAAGGUCAUUCGGGGUCUUUCUCAUGAACAGCAAUGCUAUGGAGGUGACUUUGCAGCCCGCUCCUGCUGUGACUUACAGGACGAUUGGAGGAGUCCUUGACUUCUACAUUCUCUUUGGAGAUACGCCAGAACAAGUGGUCCAGGAGUUUCUUGUUCUCACUGGCAGGCCCGUCAUUCCUCCCUACUGGUCCCUGGGUUUCCAGCUUUCUCGGUGGGACUACGGCAGCCUGAGUGAGGUCAAGAAAACAGUGGAGAGGAAUCGUGCCAUUUCCCUCCCAUAUGACAUCCAGUACACUGACAUUGACUACAUGGAGGAUAAGAAAGAUUUCACGUAUGACAAAGUCAAGUUCAGCGAGCUGCCUCAGUUCGCUGACUACCUUCAUGCGAGUGGACAGAAAUACAUCCUCAUCCUGGAUCCUGCAAUAGCUACCAGUAAGAGGGUAGGGAAUACUCCAUACGCCUCCUAUGACAGGGGGACUGAGAAGAAAGCCUGGGUCACUGAAUCAGAUGGGAAAACUCCACUGUUAGGAGAGGUGUGGCCAGGAGAGACUGUAUUUCCAGACUACACCAGCCAAAGCUGCAUCGACUGGUGGGUUGAUGAGUAUGAGCGAUUCUCCAGGGAGAUCAAACAUGACGCCCUCUGGAUUGACAUGAAUGAGGUGGCUAGUUUCAAGAAAGGCUCAAAUAAGGGCUGUGCUGAUAACAACCUCAACUACCCUCCCUUCACUCCAAAGAUUGUGGAUGAGGUGAUGUACAGUAAGACUCUAUGUAUGGAUGCCAAGCAGGCCUGGGGGAACCACUACGAUGUCCACAGUCUGUAUGGCUACUCUAUGGUGCUGGCUACUGAAAAAGCUCUGCAGCGUGUGUUUGGAGGAAACCGUUCUCUGAUGUUGACCCGCUCCUCCUUCCCAGGUGUGGGAAAAUAUUCUGGUCACUGGCUGGGGGACAAUGCUGCCAACUGGAACGACAUAAAAUGGGCCAUCCCUGGCAUGCUAGAGUUUGGGCUCUUCGGGAUUCCCUAUAUCGGAGCUGACAUCUGUGGAUUCUUUGACGACUGCAGCGAAGAGUUAUGCCGUCGCUGGAUGCAGGUGGGCGCUUUCUAUCCCUUCAGUCGGAACCACAACGCUCAGGGCUACAAGCCCCAGGAUCCAGCUGUGUUUGGUGCCAACUCAACACUGGUGAGCAGCUCUAAACAUUACUUGAGGAUACGCUACACACUCCUGCCUUACCUCUACACACUCUUCUACAAAGCCCACACUACAGGGGAGACUGUUGUACGACCUGUCAUGCACGAAUUCUACUCCGACAGUGCCACGUGGACAGUGGACCACCAGUUCCUCUGGGGAAAACACCUGCUCAUCACACCUGUACUAGAGCAGGGUUCGGUCAUGGUGCGGGCAUACAUCCCUGAUGCUGUGUGGUAUGACUAUGAAACGAUGGAGCAACUGGCACACCGCAGGAAUUAUAUUGAUAUGCAUCUUCCAGCUGACAAGCUUGGUUUACACAUCAGAGGUGGCGCGAUCCUCCCAACUCAGGAACCUGAAGUCACCACCACAUACAGUCGGCGUAACCCCAUGGGUUUGAUCAUCACCCUCGACGACAACAACCAGGCAGCUGGGGAGCUAUUCUGGGACGACGGAGAUUCCAGAGACACAGUUAAAGCAGGCAACUACAUCCAUUACACGUUCUCCGUUGCCAAUGGAGUGCUAACUAUGCAGGUGACACAUGCCGGCUACAAGGACCCAAACAACCUUACGUUUGAGAACAUUACCGUCCUCGGUGUAGCCGAUCCUCCCAAGUCCGUCUCUGUGACUCACAUUGGAACAAAUGGAAACUCUACAUUGACAAAUUCAAGGAUAGGGAUGGACUACGAUGGAGUCAAGAAGGUUAUGUUCCUGCAAAGUCUCUCCCUCACACUCGGGGAGAGCUAUCUGGUGCAAUGGGUGGUGGAUGUGAAUCAGCGCUUUGACUGCUAUCCAGAGGAGAAUGCAGAUGAGGCUAAAUGCAAGGCCAGAGGCUGCAUCUGGGAGCCAAUCGCCAAUAAACGUGCUCCAUGGUGCUUUUAUCCAGAAGACUAUGGCUACACUGUUACAGCAGUAAACAACAGCAGCUCGGGCUUGACAUUUGAUAUCAACCGGAACAAUAAGUACAGGAGCAGCGGUCGCCCAGCGUCACCAGACAUUGACAAACUCCGUGUUCAGAUCUGGUACCACAGCACACACAUGCUGCAGUUCAAGAUCUGGGACCCGGCCACAAAUCGCUAUGAGGUUCCAGUGCCGCUGUCGGUUCCCGCUACUCCUGAGACGGACGAGAGCAAGAGGCUUUACAAGGUCCAAUUUACCGACAACCCAUUCGGCAUCCAGGUCAUAAGGAAAAGCACAGGAACCAAGAUCUGGGACUCCUCUGUGCCAGGCUUAACGUUCUCAGACAUGUUCAUACAAGUGGCUACUCGACUGUCAUCAGAGUUUGUGUACGGCUUUGGAGAGACGGAGCAUCAAACCUAUAAACACAACCUCAACUAUCACACCUGGGGUAUGUUCUCCAAGGACCAGCCUCCUGGUUACAAGAUGAAUUGCUAUGGAGUACAUCCCUUCUAUAUGGGCCUUGAGACCACUGCUGAUGCUCACGGUGUGCUGCUACUAAACAGCAACGCCAUGGAUGUGACUUUCCAGCCUACUCCAGCUCUAACCUACCGGACUAUUGGAGGCAUCCUGGAUUUCUAUAUGGUCCUGGGACCUACCCCGGAAAUGGUGGUGCAGCAGUACACUGCACUGAUUGGACGACCUGUUCUACCUGCCUAUUGGUCCCUUGGGUUCCAGCUCUGUCGCUAUGGUUACGCCAAUGACCAGGAGAUAUCAGAUCUAUACAGAGACAUGCGGGCAGCGGGCAUACCCUAUGAUGUGCAGUAUGCAGACAUUGACUACAUGGAACGUCAGCUGGACUUUGUUCUGGACUCAGACUUUAAACAACUGCCUGCCCUGGUUGACAGCAUGAGGGCAGAGGGCAUGAGGUUCAUCUUCAUUUUGGAUCCAGCCAUCUCUGGAAAUGAGACAUCUUACCCUGCCUUUGAGAGAGGUAAAGCACAAGAUGUUUUCAUCAAAUGGCCCGCAAGCAUCGGUGAUGGAAUUGUGUGGGGGAAGGUCUGGCCAGAUUACCCCAAUGUCACAGUCAAUGAAUCUCUGGACUGGGAUACACAAGUAGAGUUAUACAGGUCAUACGCUGCAUUCCCGGACUUCUUCCGGAAUCAAACAGCAAUAUGGUGGAAACAAGAAAUAAAGGAUUUCUAUAAUAAAAUUAAGUUCGAUGGCCUCUGGAUUGACAUGAAUGAGCCUGCCAGUUUUGUCCAUGGCACGGUUGGUGGGAAUUGUAAUGGUAAUCCACUUCUAGAGUUCCCUCCAUAUAUGCCACCCCUGGAGUCUAAACAUCUAGGCUUAAAACACAAGACUCUGUGCAUGAACAGCGAGCAGAUACUCAGUGACGGAACAAAGGUCAGACACUACGACGUCCACAACCUCUAUGGAUGGUCCCACACAAAGCCCACCUAUGAUGCCGUGCUGGAGGUUACGGGUAAACGAGGCAUAGUGGUGACCAGGUCCACAUACCCUUCCAGUGGAAAAUGGUCUGGACAUUGGCUGGGGGACAACAAUUCAAGCUGGGACCAGCUAUUCAAAUCCAUUAUAGGAAUGAUGGAGUUCAGUCUGUUUGGCAUCCCUUAUACUGGUGCAGACAUAUGUGGGUUCUUCAAUGACGCCGAGUAUGAGAUGUGUCUUCGCUGGAUGCAGUUGGGUGCCUUCUAUCCAUACUCACGCAACCACAAUGGCAAGGGUAGCAAGAGACAAGAUCCUGUUUCUUGGGAUUCCAAAUUCUCCAAUGUGUCCCGGGACGUCUUGAACAUCCGUUACAGCCUGCUGCCCUACCUGUACACACUGAUGUAUGAGGCGCAUACCACAGGAAGCACAGUAGUCAGACCACUCCUGCACGAGUUUGUGAAUGAUAAAACCACAUGGGACAUCUACAAGCAAUUCCUCUGGGGACCUGCCCUACUUAUCACCCCGGUCCUCGACCCGGGUGUCAGGAGUGUGAAUGGCUAUGUUCCUAAUGCACGCUGGUAUGACCUCCACACGGCCAAAGAAGUUGGAGUGCGCGGCCAAAUGGUUAACAUGGAUGCACCCUUGGAGCAUAUUAACCUUCAUAUCCGAGGUGGAUAUAUCUUACCCUGGCAGAAACCAGAGAACAAUACAAAUUACAGUCGGAGGAAUCCUUUAGGACUGAUCGUUGCCCUGGGAGACAACGGAACUGCUAAAGGAUCGUUCUUCUGGGACGAUGGAGAAGGAAUAGACACAGUCAAGAGAGAACAAUACCUGCUGACCUCCCUCACAGCACAAUCGAACACCUUGUCCAGUACCAUGAUCCACAACAGUCUGACCCCUGCUGACCGCUUGACCCUGGGUGAGGUGAGGGUUUGGGGAGUAAGUGAACAGAUCACAGAGGUAACCCUGACAACGGCUGCUACGACAUACAAACUGGCAGCGAGGCUCAACAAUGACACUAAGGAGCUGACAAUAUAUGCUCCCACAGCGCCUGUUCGUGUGGAUGAGCCUUUUACCAUCACAUGGAUGACCACCGUCUAAUCAACAGAGUUCAGUUUCUAUGUUUUUCUAGAUAAUUAAUAUACCUGGUCCAUUGCCAUAAAUUAUGACGAUAAGUAAAUGCAAUGCCUUUUGAACAUGAAAUCACCUACAUUUACUCUCAUUGAUGAGCCUUUUUUUAUUACCAUUAAAAAAUUGAGUACAUGCAGAAAUAAUACCAAAACAUUACAAGGUUUUACAACAAA